AUGGGAACAAAUGAUACUUCAGCACUGCCCAAUGUGGUGUAUAUCACCCUGCGGUCCAAGCGCAGCAAACCUGCCAACAUCCGAGGCACCGUGAAGCCCAAGCGAAGGAAGAAACAAACAGUACCUUUGCACCAUGAAAAUAAGGACCCAUUGGUUGUCGCUGGUCAGGAGAAGAGCUUAAUCCAAAAGCCACUUCACGGGACUAAUAAUUCUAUGAAUAAGAGGAGAACAGGAGCAGUCCCAGAGAAAGCAAGGGACCACCAGGAGAAAUUCAAAGAGAAAGAAACACCCAAGAAAGACAAGAGACAUUGGAGACCUCUGGUAAGAGGAGCAAAUGUUCAGCCCAGUGCUCUGGAGAGCAAUAUCAGGAUGUACAGCGAAAGCCCACCAUCUUGGCUGAGCAAAGAUGAUAUCUUAAGUAUGCGUCUUCUGGCGGAUUCCAAAAUAGAGGAUAUACAAGAGGCACCUUCUCAGUAUGGAGUACUUCUGGUACUUGAGGGGGUUGCUACAGUUAACAGGUCAGCCAAAGGAGGUGUUUGCAGCCAAGGGCACUGUGGCCUCAUGAAGAGACCUCUUGACAUGAGUGAAGUGUUUGCCUUCCAUUUGGACAGGAUCUUGGGGCUGAACCGGACCUUGCCUACAGUAAGCAGGAAAUCAGAAUUUGUACAAGGUAAUUGGUUUACAUAAUGGAUAGGAACCCAGGGCAUUCCUACCCCCACCCCCGGCCCAUCUAUUGGGCAUGUGUGUUCAAUAACUAGAAAUAAAUGCAGUACAAAUACCCUGAAGAGUAGUGUCAAAAGAUAAACAGAAAAUCCUUCAGAUAAGCGAAAAAAUGAUUUCAGGUUUCCAGAUAAACUUUCACUCUUUGGAAUGUAUAAAUAUUCCAGGUAUCAGCAUGUAUAUAAAAUGUGGGAGGGGGGAGACUCCAAUUUUGCUUGUAUGGUAAUUAAUGUAAAGCACAGGGGGUGAGUAUUUUUAUUUAGAUUCAUUAUCCAUAGUUAAUAUAAAAGUUGCAGAAAGUGAUGAGAAGGGAAAAUUGAUAGUGUGGCAGAGCUUUGAAAUUGUCAUCAGAUAUAGCAAACCACAUCAGGGUUUUGGACAGGAGGCCUUGAUUGGAUUUUGGUUUUUUAUACUAGAAAACUUUAUGAGCCAAAGAUAGUGUCACUGAUGGAGCUGUGCAAUAUCUGUUAACUUCUGUGGGCAAACUUGUGGAUUUAAUGGAAGAUGUGAAACAGCAGUGCCUGGUGGUUUGUGCCCAGAGUUUAAUUUAAGAAACAUCAGGCAGUUCUUCAGACUGAUUAAGGUGAACUGUGGGGCCCUCAAUAUGAUAAAAGCUAGAUUUCUUCCAACACCACUGGUUAUCACAGAUGCAUAGCACCAACAUUUUCUGUCACAGGCAGACUAGAGGACAAUCAGUCAUUAUCUAGUCUCGAUUCCUACUAUCCAUGAGAAAAGAAAAAAAAAAAGGGGGGGGGAGAGUAGCAAAGUCCCCAAAAUUCAAACAAUGUAAAAAUAUAACGAUGACUUUGCUUUUAACUCUUUUUUUAUUUCUCAGUGUGCCAAGGGAAGAUGCUGAAUAUUUUAGGCAUUGAACUUCAAGACUGCUUAUAUUAGGCAAAUCUGGAAAUGAAAUGAAAAUAAGACCAAAAUAAAACCACCUCGGUAUAUGUGUUUCAUAGGCCACAGUUGUGCUAAACUAUGGCUUGGGCAGAAGUUUCAGUCAGAAUAAUGUAAUAUAGCACAGUACGGUAGUGAUAGCUGGAAAAGGUAGCACUGCAUUUUAAUGAAUCAGUGCUAAAACAGGCUUGCUAUUUAUGUUCUAAUUUUGACCUAGAGCAAUCGUUACUUUAUUUUAUACAAAGUCUGUUACCAGCAUUAAAAGACGAGUAAAGGAAAAAUAAAAUAAAAAUUCACUGGCAGCAGGCUGCAGAAAGCAGAUAAAAUAACGGUCUCUGGUUUAUCUACAUUUUGUAAGCUUUCCCAGUGGCAGACCCUACGAGAGUGUCAAUAGAUUUCUUGGAGCAGCGAUGUGCUUUCUUUGCUUGCUUCCAAGAGAUAUUCAGGUUAGCAGAGCAUAGAAGGCACAUUAUGCAUAUGUUAUUUUUAGUGAGAGCUUUUACUGCUGCAGAGCUUUCAGAAGGAAUGAGGUAAUCCAUUUUAGGGAUCCUGGACAGUGUGAUCACACAGAUGAUUGACUGCAGGCCCCUUGUGGACAGCUCUUAGCCUAACGUUAGGAAGCGUUGCUUUCACUCUGCAUUAUUGUUCUAGAUUGUCAGACUGAAUUUCUCUUUCUUUUUCCCUUUCUCAUUCUCGUGUUCUGUCCUUGGUGAUGUUCCAGACAUGAAGAGCUGUUGUUAUGCAAUGAGUAGGAGGAAGUGAAUAGCCAGUUUUCAUUUUGGUUAUUUCUCGACAGGCAGUUUCUUAGCUACAGAUGAGAUCAGAAUGCGGAACAGCCACUUUCCCAAGAAAUGUUCUGGAUUUGAAGCAUCCCCUUUUAACCAUCAAUAGUUACUGUGGACUUUAUCCACGCAACACAAGUCCCACUCAAAUGAAUGGGAGUUCUUCCAAUGAUCUCUAAUGGGCCUUGUGUUGGAGAAUCUUUUGUGGUGAAGUGGAAAUAGACUAUUGUUAUUUUGGAGUCAGAGGCAAACCUGGGCCACAAUCCUGUACUCACUUAGCCUGGCGCUAAGCCUCACUGAACUCAAUGGGAUUUCUUUCUGAGUAUGCGUAGGAUUGAGCUGUCAAUUAACUUUAUUCACCAAGCUCUCUUGGACCCCCACAUCUCUGUGAUAGAAACCCCCCCACAAAUGAGUACAUAUAAAUCAAGAAAAUCAAACACAUGAGAUAAUCAAUAAAUUCUCAUUUGGACUCUUCAGUUCUCUCUUAUUCAGCAAAUGUAUUUCCAGGUGAGGUUACAGAAACAUUUGUAUCCAGUGACUUUCUCUGUCUGUUGAAAUCCAGCUUGGGGGCUGACAUCUCCACACGAUGUCUCCUUUUCAGCCUGUCUCAGCACCGAUGUGAUAUAUAAAGACAAAUUUGCUGCCAUGUUAACAUCUCACAAAAUAAGCUCCUCAAAGCUGUCAUUCAUUUGGUGGAAGCCUUUUUUCAGAGAUACACUUAGGAAGCUCAUAUAAAGCAACUUUCGCUUGCAUCCCCCCUUGCUCCCCCCUUACCCCUCUCCUGCCUGAAGUCCUUUUCACAUUUGACAGGCUAACAAAAUGCACUCUGUUUGCAGUUGCCCAAAUGAAUUGUGAACCUUUCUAAAUCAAGAGAAUUAAUUCACAUUGUUCUGUGACACGUCUGCAUUAUUAGAAGGGAAAGCUGACUCCUGACAACUUUCCCCCCUAAGAUUCAUUACUGUUGACAGAUCAAAAUUUAUAAAGGCAUGGGGGCUGCAAGAGAGGGAAGCCUCCCAUAGUUCUGACUUGCAAAGCAAACAAACCAUAAUUCGUAAUGUCAGUUGCAAACUUGCUGCUUUUGUCCCUGAGCUCACAUGUGAUGUUGGCUGAAUGAAGGCCCUUCAUCCCAAGGGGGGUGGGGCAGUGGAGGAGGAUGAACAAAUAGGUAUGUAUUAAGGGAGACAAACUUGCAGCAAGUGCAUAGAUCCAAUUCCUCAGCCAUCUGUGUUUGCUGAGCCUGGAUUGUGAGCAGUGGCAAAGAUAAGAAUAAAUGUUUCUAAUAUAUGUAUACUUUGGGUGGAAUAGGUCCAGGAGUCAAAGAUCUGUUUGGGGCUUUAUUUGGUUGGUUGGCUGGUCGCCUCCAAACCUCUACAUUUUAAAAGAAGAGAGUGCAUGGGGGAAAUUGUUUUCGUUGUUAUAAAAAUGUCCAAACCUUAGAGGAACAGAACUAGUCACAUGGUUCUCUGGAUCUCAGCCUGAGGAAAUAUGAAAGCAGGAGUUUUUAUAUAUUAUUUAUUUUCUUUUAUCUUGCUGCUUCCUCACAGCAACCUGUGGGUGCUGGAUUAGGUUGAGAGACAGGGGCUAACCUGAGGUUACCUAAGGAGUGUCAAACUGAGUAGAAAUCUGAACUUGCUUCUCCCCAGGUCUAUUCCAGCACCCAGGUUUGAUGCUUUUACUUAGCAGAGUCACUCAUUCUUAAGGAAGGAAAAGAUUCCACUCUAAAGGAGGGCUUUCUAUUAAUGGUGAAAUGAAUAAUCAGGGAAAUUAUGGAUGUGUGGGGAGAACUAUGGGGUGUGUGUAAAUGUGAGGGAAGCCAUCCUGAGGGCCACUUGGGCGGAAAACUGGAAUUAAUAUGGGGGAAUUAAAAGCAAAUAAUAAAAUAAGCUGUACGACAGGAAUGUCAAGGCACAAUCAGAUUCCUGACAUGCAGAGUAUUUUAUUAUUUAUAGCUCUAUGUUUGCAACAUGGACUUGAUUUGGCAAAGGUCUCUUUAUCCACAAACAGAGCAAGUCUCUGAAAUAGUGAAGAAGCAGGUUUCUUUGGCGGUGUUGAAGCACAAAUGUUAGAAAAAAACAGCUGGUGGCAAGAGUUGGGAAUAGCUAAUAGCUUGGAUCCAAAGGAAUUACAAGCAAGUUCCUCUUUCUCUGCAGUACCCCAUGGCCCUAUUCCCGAAUUCCAUUCCUUAAUAAUUGGGAACUUUGGGGGGACAGUAUGGGAUGUAGCACUUCGUGGGGUAGGGGGAGUGGCAGAAAUUGAGUGCCACCAUUAAUGAGUAGAAGAGCCAUCCACUUGCUCAACAGCAGGUUUUGCUCCAAGCUGUGAUUACUUUCAGAUUGGAAGGUAUUAACUAUGGCAGUCUUCAUUGCCACACUAGAUCCUUUUGCCUUGUGAUCCUCUCUAGUCAAAUGCGCUGUGCAGGGUUUUGAACCUGUGAAGAGAGUUGGCUGUACAUUACCCUUGACAAAUGUACUAUCUUAAGUAUCUACUAGUUUAGCUGUACUCAUGGACAGUUAUCCACCCGUUAAUGUUCAAUGACUGUCCAGUCUGUAUACAUAGCAACUGAGCUCUGCAAAUCACCACGUGUACCUUCUGUCACGCAAACACUUGUAUGUGUGUAGAAUCAGCUUUCCAUCUGUGUUCAGCGUAACAUGUGAACAAGCCCUGUUGGACGAGAGCUAACAAAACAUCUUAAGCUCUCUUAGAAACAUUGCCUCUGUUCAGUCCUCUGCAGACAAGUGAGAAGCAGAACUUUAACCCUUGUUGUUCCUGGCAAAAGUACCGCAGCAAUGCUGGCUAAGGAACGAGCUCAUAUUCAGAGUUGCCUUCAUCUGAAAUAUACUUAGUAUGAAAGAGCAUCUGACUGACUUUUAGCCUCAUUGUGUUUGCUCACUCCGUAAUUGGUCUUGUACCAACAGAGGCUGGGAACUUGGCCCAGACAGAAGGGGAAGCUCCAUUGAUUCCAUUUACCAUGUUACUCUAGCGAUCGCCACAUGCUGAUAAGCAUAGUCAGAGUGCCGCCUUUAAAAAAAGAAGCAGCAGCCGGCAAGCAACGUGUUUAUGAUGCUGCCCCCCCGCGCUUAAAAUUGGACGUCAUCAUUAUGAUUAAUGUUUGGGCAAAGGACAAGGAGAAAACCUGUCCUUGCUGAAGCAUUCAGUUUUAUUGCAUGCCCUGGAUCAGAUUUAACUGCAUUUGUUCACAGCUUGCUUUCAUAUACUGAUAUUUAACAUACGGUAAUUGUUUGUUUAGUCGUUUACUCGUGUCCGACUCUUUGUGACCCCAUGGACCAGAGCACGCCAGGCACUUCUAUCUUCCACUGCCUCCCGCAGUUUAGUCAAACUCAUGCUGGUAGCUUCGAGAACAUUAUCAAACCAUCUCAUCCUCUGUCGUCCCCUUCUCCUUGUGCCCUCCAUCUUUCCCAACAUCAGGGUCUUUUCCAGGGAGUCUUCUCUUCUCAUGAGGUGGCCAAAAUAUUGGAGCCUCAGCUUCACGAUCUGUCCUUCCAGUGAGCACUCAGGGCUGAUUUCCUUCAGAAUGGAUAGGUUUGAUCUUCUUGCAGUCCAUGGGACUCUCAAGAGUCUCCUCCAGCACCAUAAUUCAAAAGCAUCAAUUCUUGGGCGAUCAGCCUUCUUUAUGGUCCAGCUCUCACUUCCAUACAGUAAUUACAUACAGUAAUUACCAGGGGCCAAAGGAAGAUUGAGGUGUGUGUGUGUGUUUAAGUGCUGUAAUACUGUGUGUGCUAUUCUCUAUUCUGGUCACUUUACCUCAAAAAGGAUGUUGUAGAACUGGAAAAGGUUCAAAAGAGAGGAACCAAAGUGAUCAAGUGACUGGAACCACUCUCUGGAGUCACAAGUGGAGAGAAUGCUAUUGCACUCAGCCCUGCUUGCAAGCUUCCCUUAGGCAUCUGGUUUGCCACUGGUUGACUAGGAUACAGAAUUAUAUGGGCUUUUGACCUGAUCCAGCAAGGCUCUUCUUAUAUUCUUAUAUUUGUGUACCCCACAGGACAAACUAUAGGUCAUAUCGGUGAUUAUUUUCCCCCUCCUGCAUGUCUUGGGCUGGCCCUGCUAGCCUUGUAUUGUGACAAGGGAUGGGUGAAUCUGUCAAUUUCAGUAUUUCUCAGUUUCUCAUUUUCCCACUCCAUAUUUCUACAUCAGUUUGUGAUUUAUUUAUUUUUUUAAAAACUAAGUCUGCAUGAAAAUUCAUCAGUAGUUUGAUGCGAUUUUCUCCCAAUAUACAGUACACAUCUUUGUGUGCAAUUUUGCCUAAUCUACAAAAGUUUACAAAACAAUUUCAUCUUAUAUAGUGCAUAUUUGAAUGCCGUUUUUCAUGAAUACAUUUUGUAUGAGUACUUAACCCUGGCAUUUGCAUUUUGUACAUAUUUCUUGGCACGAUAAUUGCAUUGCAAAAUUCAGAGACAGUAUGUGUGGAUUUCCAAAGAUGGCUGUUUCAGUUUGCAUAUUGAUUUGAAAGUGUGGAUGACGUAGGUUCAUCUAUAAAUGCAAAUGGAAUUGAAUCUCUCUCCCAUCCCAAAUGGUGAGUGCCAGGAUUUUGAUAAACCUUCACAAUACAUGAAUUGUGAAUGAGCUGUGCUUAGUUUGGCGGGUCUUAAUAUUGUGCAGGUCUGGGUUACAAUAUUACUCCUCCUUAAGUUGGAAAACCUGCUUCGUACGACAGAUUUCCCAUGCCCUUUGUUUGUUAGUCUGAACUUCAUAGAAUUUCCCUUUCCAGCUCCAGAAUAUGUAGCCAACAUCCUGUGAUUCACAUUUGCCAUGCAAGUGGUAUUAUACUCUGCAGUAACUAGAGAAGUCAAUAUGGCACCCUUGAUUCAUGCCCCCAUCUUUACUUGCAUAGACUUGCAGGUCUAGGAUUGAUAUCCUGGGAGAUGGUUGUUUGUAUCAGUGACUGGUUUUUUUUUUAAAAUAAAUUUUUAUUAAUUUUCCAAUACAUUUAUACAUUUUUAACCAACUUGUAACAAAACAUCUCUUUUGGACUUCCUUCAGCUUCCCUGGCAAUCAUCCAUGUUUAUCUCUUAAUUACGCAUUCCCUUUACACAUAUUGCCGUUUGUCUUCCCUCUCCCUUCUAUUUCUUUUUUGACAAUAUCUCUCAGUUUUUACAGCGCCUCUCGAAACCCCACUAGCGUUGUUUGUAUAUCGCAUACAUUUUUCAGAUACUCUACAAACUUUCCCCAGUCUUCGAUGAACCUUUGGUCUCGGGCAUAUCUGAUUUUCCCAGUUAAUUUGUCCAGUUCCGCAUAGUCUGUCAAUUUCAAUCUCCAUUCUUCUAUUGUCGGUAAUUCCUCUUGUUUCCAUUUUUGAGCCAAUAAAAUCCUUGCCGCUGUAACUGCAUACUGAAAGAGUUUACAGUCUUUUCUUCUUAUUUCUUUCCCUGUAAUUCCUAAAAGAAAGGCUUCUGGUUUCUUCACAAAAGUAAAUUUUAACAUCUUUUUCAGUUCAUUAUAAAUCGCAUCCCAGAAACCUUUCACCUUCUUACAUUCCCACCACAUAUGGUAAAAUGCUCCUUCUUUUUCUUUACAUUUCCAACACUUAUUACAUGUCUUAUACAUUUUUGCUAAUUUUACCGGUGUGAUAUACCAUCUGUAAAACAUUUUCAUAACAUUUUCCUUCAACGCAGUGCAUGCAGUAAAUUUCAGAUUUUCUUUCCACAAUUUUUCCCAAUCGUCAAAUUGUACAUUAUAACCGAAAUCUUUGGCCCAUUGUAUCAUUACCGAUUUAACCUCUUCAUCUUUCAUGUUCCAUUCCAACAGUAUUUUAUACAUUUUUGACAGAAUUUUACAUUCAUUAUUUAUUAUAUCUACUUGAAACUUUGAAUCUUUUUCUCCAUAUCCACAUUCUUUUAUGUCUUUUUUAAACAUUUCAUUAACCUGUAAAUAAUGCAACCAAUCAUAUACAUGUUCUUUAAUUUGUUCAUAUGGCUUUAACUUCCAUUUUCCCUCUUCUUUAAUCACCAUUUCACCAUAUGUAAUCCAAUUGCCUCUCAUAUUAAUUUUCUUUACACUCAUAACUUCUAACGGAGAUAACCACUGUGGAACUUUUGGUUCCAGUAAAUUUUUGUACCUAUCCCAUACCUCUAUCAACGAAUUCCUGAAGAUGUGGUUCCCAAAUUGGCAAAGGCUUUCACUUUAUAUUCAUUCUGCCCCACUGUUACCCCUUUAAUUGAUUUAUUUUGUCUAAUCGCACUUAAAAAGACCUCUAGGACCGUUAUAAAUAAUAAUGACGAGAGCGGACAACCCUGUCUUGUUCCUUUUGAUAUUUUUAUAUCCUCUGUAAUUACAUUAUUGACUAGCAGUUUAGCUCUCUGUUCUGUGUAUAUUGCCUUAAUUCCAUUGAAGAACUCUUUCCCCACAUCCAUACACUCUAAAUUUUUCAGCAUAAAAUCCCAUACUAUAUUAUCAAAGGCGUAUCAGUGACUGUUUUAAUGUGUCCAGAUGCAAGGGAAGGCAGGGGUCUACUAUUACAGAAGAAAUAUUUUUUGAAUGUAUAGGUAGCUACAGAAAGGCUACAGUUUACGUCGUUCCCUGCCUGCGAACUUAACAGGGGAUGUGAGGGAUACUGUUAUAGUUUUACAAUGGAAAUGUCUGUGGCAGCAACUCUGGGGUUUUGGCAAGGGCUUUUUGGUUCCUCUUGCCUUUUUACUUUGCUUAGGCCACUCCCAAAAUCUUACUGAUGCGUUGCCAUCCUUUACAAGUGCAUGCAUGGACCUCUGAGAGCAACUUUAGUUCUGAAUCCUUUGGAGGUUUUAUUGUCUGUGGUUUAAUGAGUCUUGUGUUUGAAGAACCAGGUGACUGAACCUGCAGAAGAGAACAUGGCUUUAAGGGAAAAGCCUUUAAGGGAAAAGAGCCAGGCAAGAGUUCUCUAAGGUGAUUUUUUCAUGUUCUGACUAUGUAGCAGAAUGCAACAAAACUGCAAUUCUUACAUUAGGAAAUCUGGAGGAUACAUUAGUGUAGGCGAGGCACUAAGUUGCUAUGGAGAUGGAAACCAAGUUAGGUAAAAAUAGCUGGUAUGUCAGCAAUGCUGUGUUUAUCACCAAGCUGGUGAUUCUGCAUUGCACUCUCUCCCUCUCCUUCUCCCUCUCUCUCCCUCCCCUCCUUAUCUCCCCUCCUUCUCUCCAUAGUUUUAUUUCUUGCUCAACUACUUACAGGACAAGAGUUAGAUCAUCUGUUGUGCAGAUGGCCCCAGCUUCAAUCCCUGACAUUGGGUAGGGAUGAGAAAUCCUACGUGUCACUGUGUGAGUCACUGCUAGUUGGUGUAGACAAUACUGAGCUAGAUGACUCAGCUUCUUCCUAUGUUCCUAUGACCUCUGUGUGAUCCAUAUGCUGCAUGGUUUUUCUAAUGGAAAUGGAGAGUCAAAAGGGUGGGAUGAUGGGAGGUUGGAUAGAGGUUCCAGGUUCAGUGCAGAACAAGCAUUCCCAUGGCUCCUGUAAUAGCUUUUCCUACCCAAUCCUGGGGCAUCUCAAAACAGCAGGCCACAGAGUUGCCAUUGCCUUUUCAUUCCCCACCUACAGUGUGGCUGGAUGCUAAUGGAGUCUGCUUGCUGGGAGGACCGGUAUAUGUGUGUGGAAGCUUAAUGGCUUCUGCUUCUAGCUCAAGGUUUAUAUUAUCUCAGCUGAGGCUAAAUAAAAUAGAUGACAUUCUUUGUGGUAAGAGACAUGGCCUUUCAGUCACACUGGCUGGUAGAUCUGCUAUGUGAGCUGUUGGGUCAUUUAGCUAAAUAUUUAUAUUUGCUGUUUCUGCUGAGGGGAUUCCUUGUUCACUCAAGGGAUCCUUUAAUGUAGCUGUGACUUAGGGCCCCUUCAGACAGGCGUUUUAUUUUGAGAGUCUUCUUCAACAUGCUCUUGACACAAUAAUAGUGAAAUAAUGGCGGAUUUAUUCUGCUUUCAUUUGCAAUUCUUCCCCAAUGCUGCCUCGUUAUUGCUGCCCAAAGGAACUGUAGUGCAAUGAAAGCAGGACAAAAAUAAACGAAUAUUUUUGUUUAUAAAAAGUUAUGGGGUGCUUAGCAGGAAGUUGUAGGAUAUGCACUGAUAGGAGAUGAAACGGUGUGGCUACACCAAAACUUUUGCAGUAUUGAAAGCAGCAUCACAUAUGACUACCCUGGUAACAUCAUGAGCACAAAGAAUCAUGGAUGUACAAUAAAAAGACCUGGAGGAACUCUUAAUCAGUAGGAAAUGUAUUGCAGUUUGGCUAUAGAUUUCCAUUAGGAUGGGCUGCAGAAGAAAUUAUUUUUCUGUUCAUUUUAUUCACAUUAUAAUGUGACACUCAAUGUCUUCCAGCUUUGCCCCUCCUGUAUUUCUUUGGACAAGGUUUAUUUGUUUCAGUUGAGUCUGUUUUGGCCGAACACAUUGCAGAUAGCACUGUUUGGGAUGAUUGAUGUUUGCUAGGUCUGUUUCCUGUGAAUCACACACAUUUCCGCUGAUUCACCUUAGCUGCAUUUUGUUCUUUCCAAAUGGCAAGUUUUCACAUUUGUUCAAGACAAAACUUUUGUAUCUCUGUCUCUCUCUCUCUUCUAUCCGCCUUCCCCAUCAUGAGCCCAUGGGAGGAAGCAAAUAAAAAGAAAAACAGGAAGGGCUUCACGUGAGGAAUGUGCUUUUGUAAAGCAAGGCUGGGUCAAUGUACAGAGGAGAGGAAUAAGGAAGACAUGUACUUCUCUGAUUUGCAGGGAGAAAAACACCCCAUGACCUGUGACUAUAGACAUACUGGCUGGUUUGGCUAGAAAGUGGGGGAGGAAAUAGGGAUGUACUUUGAUUACUAGACACAGCAAUCCCUUCCUCACCACCCUGCUUUAAUCUCCUAAUUCCAAAUGCCCAUUCAUAUACCUGAUGUGACCCAGAUGGGGAAAAAUGCUAGGGAGGGGAAACCUGUAGGUCAUGACUGGGGAGAAGGGAAAGGUGUGAUAUAAAUGUAAUAAUGAAAAUAAACCAACAGAAAUCUCUGCUGUGGCUGAACCACUUUGGAAAGCUGGUGUGAGCUAAUAUGAGAGAAUUCUCUUCUACACAUACAAAUCCUCCCUGAAAACUGGAGAGAAAGCUUCCAGCCUAGCCUCCUCCCACACACCUAGGCUUGUUUGUGUAGGGAAAUGUUUUUCACAGGGAGUAUUCCCUGUUCUGAUCAUAGAUAAAAUGGAAGUUGGUGGGCAAGACUCAUUUUAACCGUGAAAUGGGAGAGAGGUUUGCUGAUGCUUUCCUUCUCUCCCAGCUGACUACCCAUAGUCCUUUGCUCCAAAUGCUUUUCUUCCUUUCCAUAGCAGAAGUAGGCAGGAAAGAGAGAGACAAAUGCCUGGAGAAAGAGACUGAGAGAAUGUAAGGUAAAGUGGGGUUGGGCAACAGGGAAGGAAGGCUCAGUGUCCCUCUCCUGCACAUUUCUUUUAUGUUUGUGAUGCCACUUGCUCCUGUGUGGCUGGGCCCACCACCACCACACUUCCAGUUCACAAUAGUAAGAAAAUGCAAGAAAAUGGUGUGGCAGGCAUCCAGUUCCUACUGGGACCACAGUGGGGGCAACGGGUUUAAUCCCCCCUCUCCCCACAUCACAGCUCCAAUCCAGCUUGAGGCUUCCCUAGCUGGCUUAUUGCUUUAAGACAAAACUGUUAUAUUGGACCAGAUUUAUCCAUUGUGCUCAGGGUUUCAUCCUAAUAUGGGAAGUUGGAAAGGUCUAAUCAAGUUAAAUUUCUUUCAGGAAGGUCAGAUUAGGCAUGGUCAAGGCUGGUCAAAUCUAGUUGGGUAAGGUACCAGUCAGCAAGAAUCAGGACCCUGGACAGCUCCUAAUGGGCCUUGCUAACUGAGCUAUGAAAGAUGUUGCUCCAACAGGGCACCAUCUGAAGCCAGCUGUUUUCCUUAAAGGGCCUUUGCCUGAUGUUGUAUCCUUUGACUUUUGCAUGGUGUGUGUCCUAGACUCUAGGAAAUAGAGGAACUGUUCAAGACUGUUUCCUGAGUCCAAGGAAAGAGGAAAGGGGCCAUAUCCUUUGGUUGGGAGGGCAUGGGAGAAGCUACUGCAGGUCCUGCCCUGGGAAAAGUGGCUUGAACCUCAUCUGAACACUGUCAGGGAUCAUGUCACAAACUAUGUCCAAUCUGGCCCUUGGGUACCCCUUGAAUUCUAUGGGAGGGGGGAAGCAGACACCCACCACUUCAUGUUUAGUCUGAUCUUGAGAACUAGGCAUAGUCACCUCUGCUUCCAAAUGCAGAGCUAAGCAGAUUUUAAAACUUACGCUUUCAAAUGUGUGCUGUAUAACGUAUGCACCAUGCACCAAGAAUGCAUGAAAGCACUCUAUGCCAUGUGCUAAGAGUUGUCCAGCUUUUAUCUUGGAUAGCCUGAACAAUCUCAUUGUAGGUUUACCUUUGGGAGUGAUUCAGCCACAUAUAUUUUAUACAUCCUGUCUCUCUUAAGAUAUUGUAGUUACAAAAUCAUACAUCGCUAAAGAGGAAAAAAACCCCAAAGUGGUAAAGAUGAGGCUAUAAAUCUAUUUGUUAUAAGAUGGAAUUCAUGGCUUGCUCAUGCAUAUAUCAUUUAAUGAUGACGCUCUCAUAAACGAAUAUUGCUUUGUUGAAAUUGAAUGUGCUACAGAGAUUUACAUCAGCUGCUGAUCUGUCAAACCACUUCUAAUCUAUUUAAUAUAUAUUCUCAUAGAGAUGGAUUGUUUUAAGCGGUUUGUAGCAUAAAGUCAGCAGUUAUUCUCAGACAAUGAUGAUAAUUAUAAUGUCCAGGGUUCUUCCUUUCCUGUGGUGGCUUCCUUUACAUGUGGAGUAUGACCACAUUAACCAAAGGAAGUCAAAUCAUUGCUGAUUUCUUAUUCAUCCUACCACAUCUUUAAAAUACCUCUUUAAAAAACAUGUGUGGAAAACUACUGUGAUUUUAGGAAAUGCCUACAGAAUGAUCAAGGGUUGAAAAAUGCAAAUCUUAAGUACAUUAAUGGUUUUGUUUGGUCUUUUUAUUUUUUUCUCAUUAGAUGAUCAACCAUGUCCUAUUAUUCUUUGGGAUAGCUCCUUGGCUCAGACUGAUAAUGAGACACACUCGUCAUUGAAGCUAACAUGGGGGGCUUACAAGCAACAAUUAAAGCAAAAGUGUUGGCAAAAUGGCAAAGUACCCAAAACAGAGUGGGGAUGUACAGAUAUCCAUCACUAUGAGUGGUCCAAGAUGGCACUACUUGAUUUUCUUUUACAGGUAAGGCAAAUGGACUUAAUUGCCGGUAUACAGGAUUAAUUAUAGCAACACAUUUUAUUGAAUAAACUAUUUAUAUAAAAAAUGCUGGUGGUAAGGGAGCCACAUUUGGAACCUCUGCAGUGCAAAAGUGUUACAGAAAUUAGACGUCAAAGCUAAGUAUGAUAGAGAAUUCUUAUCCAGAGGGCAAAUGGUUGACAUGUCCUAGCCCUUCCAUUAUAACUCACUCACUUUAGAAAUAACUGAGGAAAUUCUGGUCCAUUUGUGUCAAUUCUUUACUCUUAAGAACUGCAAAGUCUUUGUGUUCCUGACUAGGGCAGAAGUAGCAAUGUUAGGUCACAGGCUUGGCAGUUCAAGCACAUUAUUAUGAAACUGUCUAGAGCUUGAAAUUCUCAGAGUUUUACCAUGAUCCACAGAAGAUCUCCUUCCCUGCCCCCUGAUCAAAUAAUGACCAUGUAGGGGAGUCACCUUAUUCAUAUCAUUCAUCUAAGUUCUUACAAGGUAAGAUUCCUCACUUUGUAAGCCCGGAACAAGAGGCUGUUUAUGGAUGAACAGUUUAACACACAACUGUAUGGGAAAAUGAAAGCAACCACAAGAACAAGCUAAAGGGUGGAGUCAUAGCUCCAACCCAUAUAAUGGGAGGCAAUAUUUAAUUCUAUCAUUACCUAUUACUACAAGGAGAAACAUGAAAUAGGCCUGGUUAGUUAUUCUUAAAUAAAUAUACUAUCCAGAGCAUGUGAUGCUGGCAUCAGGGCACUAUUAGAGUUCCAUUUCUACACAUGCAGCUUUCAGACAUUCCAUUGGUGCAAAUCCAGGAGAAGGUUCUGGUUGUCUGUAACUUCUAGUUACAUGUAUAAAUUCCCCAUUGAUUUCUAAAACAAUUCAGCUUUCUGCACACUUGUAAAUUGCAGAAAUCAUUGAGUUGCCGGUUUUCAUAAUGGCACGUAGGUAGUACAUACAGAAUUUAAGUAUAAUUCAUAUGCAAACACUAUAGGUAUGGCUAUUACAGGACAUUGAUUUCUAAACUAAAAAUAGAUUGUCACGUCUAAUGUCUCUCAGUAUAUCCCUGAGUAUGUCAUGCUUGGCACCCAAUAGAAAGUCAUGGUAUUUAUUGUACGGAUACUAAACAUAGCAACAGCCAUACAGGAAUAGCAUAGAGACUGUAGCAGUCUCAAUGUGUUCAUGUGGAACCAUUAAUAUUUCUCUCAGUAAUGGAGUAUAUAGUAAAUGGUCUUCUCUCUAGGGAACCGCAUUUAAGCCACAUUAGCUUUGAAAUUUAGGGGCCUGUAGCGUAAACACUGCAGCUUAGCAGAAAGCAUGGCACCAUUAUCAUUAUUCAGAAAUAGUAGCUGGAGUGUGUUGGUAAACUGAGGCAGUCAUAGCAAGAUGAAAGGACGCAGGAUAUAGAUUUAUGUUUGGGGAAGAGCACAUGCUGAGUUUACCACACUGAAAUUUAAGGAAGCGAAUUCUGGAAGAAAGACCUGCUCCCUGCUGCAAGGCCCACUUCCACCUGGCUUAGGGGGCAGAGCCUAGACUCACUUUGAAGAGUUAAAAGAGGCUCCUAGGUGGCCACCGGGACAUUGCUGGAACAACUCUUGGGUUGGGGCAACUGGCUAAAAUGUUUUAAACUGUUCUAAUUUUGGUUCCUUUGUUUUAUUUUUGUUGGGUUAGUGUUGGUUAAAUGUUUAGUUGGGGUUGGCGGUUAUUUUAAUUUGGGUAUAACUGCAAACUGUUUAUUGUUGUUGUUGGUUUCUAUUGAUUUAUUGGUUUCUUUGUUGCUUGUGUAGGAUAUUUUGUUUUUAAAUGUUUGAUGUUUUGUUGUGUUUUUAAAUAUGUUGUAAGCUGCCCAGAGUGGCUGGGGAACCCCAGCCAGAUGGGCGGGAUAUAAAUUAUUAUUUUAUUAUUAAUAAUAAUUCAGAGGAAAUUAACGACAGAAGUAGCGCAACAUUUCAGAAUGGUAAAUUGCUAUUUGGUCAGAUGGUACUGCUACUAAAUGCUGCACAACUUGCAAUAUGAUCUAGUCUCCCUUUGUAUCCUCCUCACUUUCUUCCCACAUACCCUUGUGCAUGAGAGCUGAUUGCCACUGACCUCUUCCCCUUUGAUUGACAUUCCAGGCAUACACAAAUGGGCAGCUCUUUGGAGGAGAGUGUUGCAAGCAUGCAACUGUACCUAAGUGGCUGGAUUGGGCCCAAACAAACAGAUCCUUGCCAAGAAGGAAUGAUAAUAACAAACAUGAACAUGCCAAAAUUGCACAUGCAGAAGCAAUUAUGCUGAGUAUGGAAUAUAUAGGUAUCCUGUAGACCACAUGCCAUAUAUUAUAAGAGCUAAGCGAAACAUAUUUUAGGAAACUUUUCUUAUUUCCAGGCCACAUGCAUGUGUGCUGGGAAUAUGAGUGUCACAACUCUAGGUAGUUGUCAAGUGCAAGUUUCCUAUACAUUUGUAUAUGCCUGUCUUGUCUUCAAAUGUUAAUAAGGUUCUGGGAAUGCUAGGGUCUAUCUUUCCUGUAACAUGUGAAACAGCUCCUCUACAGAGUCAGAGAAAUGGUACCUGUAGCUGACUCUUCUCAAGCCUGGAAAGCAACUCUCCAGGGAGUCAGGGAGCAGCAGCUCUGUAUGAAUUAAGGAUUUUAAUUUAGUUCUAAAGCUGAUGAACAGUUGUGAUGCCUUACGUUCACAUGUGCUUUGGUGGCAUCCCAUAAACCUGGUAGAUGUUUUCAUAUGAUUGCAUCUUGAUGAUUUACCUGAAUUCAUUUUCAGAUCUACCAUCGCUUGGACAAGAACUGCUGUGGGUUCAAACCACGCAAAGAAGAUUCCUGUGUCCAGAAAGGAUUGAACCUGAAUUGUGAUGACCAGGAUAGCGUUGAUUUGACACACAUUAUCCAGAGAAAAGAUGAUCCAAGGCAUUUGGUCUUUAUAGAUAAUAAAGGUUACUUUGACAGAAGUGAAGACAAUCUGGAUUUCAAAAUAUUACAAGGCAUAAAUGAGUAAGUUCUAGCAUAUACCAGCAAUGUGUAUAGGGUGGGGAGCUUCCUGGCCACCCAAAGGCUGAAUUCAGAUCUCCAGGCCUCUCUGUCUGGCCAUACAUUGGCAUCAAGCAACACGGCUGGGGAGCUGUAAGAACACUGGGGUUAAGUUCAGUGAUGUGGACUCUAUGCAUUAUCCCUUUCCAUGUGGAUAAUUGUGGGCUCUUGACCUUGAUGUUUCUCACUACACUUUAAUUAAUCACUGCCCUUUCCUCUUCAUGCCUACCUUCCCAUAUGCAUAGCAUAUUACAUGUAGAUCUCACAAAUAUUGCUCAUUGCUGUUCCUGUUCCAACUCUGCUUCUCGAAUCUUCAAGCCUUUCACUGGUCUCACCACUCUUGCUACCUGCCUUUUGCUUCUCACUUGACAUACUUGUUUUGGGGAGGACUGAAUUCACCUUGCCUCUUUUACAUUUACUACAAGUGAAAUAAUGAUGUAUAAAAAUAGGAAAGGCUUAAAUCAUUGACAAAAAGCGUUCCUGUGAAAUUUGAUCAGCGCUGACUUGUUUGUUUACUUGCAGGUUCCCUGAAUCGGCAGUCUCCGUGCUGAAAAGCCAGCGUUUGCGAGAGAAGAUUCUACAGUCUUUGUUCCUUGACAGAAUUUUUUGGGAAAGCCAAGGUGGUCGUCAAGGCAUUGAUAAAUUAAUUGAUGUGAUUGAACAGAGGGCCAAAAUUCUUCUUACUUACAUUAAUGCUCAUGGGGCAAAAGUACUGCCAAUGAAUGAAUGA